AACCCGCACCGAAGCCCUCUGUGAGUCAGCCUUUUUGUCAUAAUCGGAGUCUGCUUCUCUAUUCCCCACACAACACAAACCCCACUUUUUUCUUGUUGAAUUUUCUGCAGUCAUACCAUUAACUCUCUCUCUCUCUCUCUCUCUCUCUCUCUCUCUGUGGUAGCUUCAAAGCAAAAGCAAAUACAAUGGAGGGUCUCCCUCCUGGUUACCGUCCCAACGUUGGCAUUUGCCUCAUCAACUCUGACACUCAAAUUUUUGUGGCUUCAAGAUUGAAUGUUCCAGGAGCAUGGCAGAUGCCUCAGCUGACUUUAAUUGGCUAUGGGAUCUUCAAUCUCAGGGGGGUAUUGAAGAUGGUGAAGAGCCCAAAUCUGCAGCCAUUAGAGAACUACGAGAAGAAACUGGAAUUGUGUCUGCUGAAAUUAUUGCCGAGGUUCCAAAUUGGUUGACUUAUGACUUCCCUCCUGCUGUGAAGACCAAAGUCAAUCGUCUGUGGGGAGGAGGGGAAUGGCAUGGGCAGGCACAAAAGUGGUUCCUUAUGAGAUUAACAAAAGAUGAGAGUGAGAUCAACCUAGCCACUGGUGAAGCAGAACCAGAAUUUGCUGAGUGGAAAUGGGCAAACCCAGAAGAUGUUAUUGAGCAGGCAGUGGACUAUAAAAGGCCAACGUACGAGGAAGUUAUGAGUACCUUCAAGCCUUACUUCAAUGGAAAUGCAAUAUCCACAAAAUGUAAAUCGUCUAAAUGGUGAAAAUGCUGUUGGUUUUGGACCUAGUGGGUUCUGUAGCUCCGUAGUUGUGUCCAUGAUUUACUCAUUUUGGAUUUAGUAGAAGUUUGCUCUUUAAUUGUAUAUGGAAAUGAAAGUCAGAACUUAAAAUUAAAUGGUUGCUUUGUUGUAAUAAUAAAAUCUGUCCAAAUAUUUAGCUUUA